GCCGAGGAGUUUGCUGUUACAGAGUGGCAAGGCAGUCGAAAAUGGGUUCGAAGAUUAAAGUUCCCAUUUUUACACAAACCAACUUGGGUACUCGUCUUGUUGUUUGUGUCCCUUCGAACAUCACAGCAGGCGACUUCAAGAGAGAACUUGAGACAGUGCACAUCAAAUGCUUCCCUGGAUCAGGAGAGAUCGAAGUUUAUGGAUUAAUGGUGAAGAAAAAAUCAUGCUUCUACUACCUUCCCAACUCAAUUCCUGUGAAGUGUGCUUUUCAUGGUGUGAGAGGAACAUGGUUUCUUCGGGCAGAAGCAAGAACUUCAAGCGAGCCUUUUUGUCCAUGCUUGCUUGAUUCGGUAUCUAAAGACCUUGAUCUUGUGCUAUCGAAUGAUAGCAUUAUUACUGAUCCUUUGGAACCAGAAAAUUCUGUUGUAAGCAUUGACAACAGCAAUAAAAGAUGUGAGGAAGAGAAAUAUGGCGAAAUGGAAUUGCAGAGUCACAAACCUCCAAAGAAGAAAAAGAAGAGAAAAAGGAAAAGCUGCAUCUUAGAUUACAAAGAUAACGGAAAUGAGAAGAAAUUCGUUUGUGCAGGUGCAAAGCCUUCGUCUUUAACUGCCAACAAGAUUUCUGAUUAUUGUCCAUUUGCUACUGAAGCUGAGGCGAGAUAUCAACAGGCUUCUAGAGAGAUGACAGAUGCCACAGGUGACAUGUUUUCAGAAGUAAAAUCUGUUACCAGCAUCAUUAACAGAUACUUUCCGAGCUCUAGUGAGAUGAAGGCUCAUGCCAGCCCUGCAAGUUCUGAUGUCACAUCUAAACGUCAAAGUCGGAGGCGAAAACGCUCAAAGACUAAAAGUGGUGAUGAUGGAGCCUUGAGCACACAAGUUGAUUCUGUUCCCAAGUUUUCCGGCCGCCAACAUCCCUCAAAUCUAUUGCCUUGUCGUUUGCCAACCAGUCCUUCUCAAGGAACUUCAAAGGGUAAGAUUGAUGGAGCUGAUGUUGGGAAACGCCUCAUCGUUGCAUUAGAUAAUCUUGGAAUUUCUUCAAGCAAAACAAUAUCUCCUGCUCGUCUUUGUAGAUCUAGAUAUGGAAAAGGGUUGCACCUCAAUUCUUCUUCUUUAGUUAAGAAGGCAGUUUUUGAGAUCAGUGAUAGUGAUGACUGAAACCCAAUACAUUAUAGUUCUCAUGUUCUUAUUAUCUCUGGUUUAAUGCUUGCUUUUCCUUUUGGUUUUCCAUGCUUAGAAAUUACCACAUGAAAAUGCAUGUUUAGGGAGAUCCUGAGAAUAGAGAGAAAUGUUAUGGGGUAAAAUUUCCUUGGUAGUUUCUCUCGUGAAGUUACAGUGAGUCAUUGUAUGAUUGCUAA